AUGGAACUGCCCAUGCGAGAUUGCCAUACAAAACUUAACUCCACGAUAAUCCAAGAGUGCACUUCAUCAUCAUUACUGCCACGACGGAUACAUUGCUUUGAGACAGUUCCAUCCUCUUCACACGGUGUGCCCAGAGUAUGUCCGGGUUAA